AUGGUGGGCAAACUCUUUAGGAAAGUGAUCCGCCAGAGGGAAUUUUCCUGUCUUGUCACCAUCUCUUAGAGAUCGCUUGCUAGAACAAAGCAAAUCCAUAAAGGAAGUGCAGGGUGGAUCUGUCUGCAUAUAGGCUCCAUACUGGGAAGAGUGGGCUGGGUGACCUACGGAUCUCGUCUGAAUUUUUGUGCUCGAUGUAAAAGGAGAGGAAAAAAAGAUCGGGGAAAUGCAGCUUUUGUCUUAUCCCUGCCGCUCCCUGUUGUGCUUAAAUUUAAUAUUAAGGCUUGUAUAGAGGAUACAUUUACUUAGAUUUCUUUCCUUAACUAGCUUCUGGGGUUCUUGUUUGCCGUUUCAGUUUCCCUCUGCAAAACAGGAUGGACUGUUGAAUUGGAAAGCACCGCAGACCUGGUCAUACAGCCCGGCUGGUCCACUCUCUGCUUUAUUUAUCUAUUACUAGUUAUUUAAAUUGAACUUUUAAUAACCUGCCAGCUGCUCUUCAGACACACAUGGUGCAUUGUUGCCAUUCCCAGAAUCAUAUCUUUGAAAUCCAGGCCCUUGGUAACCUUCAUCGAACAAAGAGGCGACCUAGAGGAUACAUCUGCAGCCGGACUUUUCAAACCUGCUGCCCCCUAGCUUCCCCAUUGCCCGUGCUGUUUUUCUAGCACAUCAUGGAGCCCACAAUGGAGUAUUGCUUGGCACAGGUUCUGCAGAAAGAUGUUGGGAAGAGGCUUCAGGUUGGCCAAGAACUGAUAGAUUAUUUCUCAGAUAAACAGAAAUCUGCUGAUCUUGAACAUGAUCAGACCAUGCUGGAUAAAAUGGUUGAUGGUCUUGCUACCUCAUGGGUAAAUUCCAGCAAUUAUAAGGUUGUCCUGCUGGGCUUGGACAUCUUAUCUGCACUGGUAUCACGGCUCCAGGAUAGAUUUAAAGCCCAGAUUGGCACAGUGCUACCUAGUUUAAUUGACAGGCUGGGAGAUUCAAAAGACUCUGUGAGAGAGCAGGAUCAGGCACUGUUGCUAAAAAUCAUGGAGCAAGCUGCUAACCCUCAGUAUGUGUGGGACAGGAUCUUGGGAGGAUUCAAACACAAGAAUUUCCGGACAAGAGAAGGAAUUUGCCUCUGCCUUAUUGCAACGCUCAAUGCAUCUGGAGCUCAGAGUUUAACACUGAGUAAGAUUGUGCCACAUAUAUGUAAUUUACUUGGAGAUCCAAACAGCCAGGUUCGUGAUGCAGCAAUAAAUAGCCUAGUAGAAAUCUACAGACAUGUAGGUGAACGUGUAAGAGCUGAUCUCAGCAAGAAAGGAUUGCCACAGUCUCGGUUGAACAUAAUUUUUACAAAAUUUGAUGAGGUCCAGAAAUCAGGAACUAUGAUCCAAGGAUCAGGUGAUAAAAACUUUGAUGAUGAUGACUCUGUGGAUGGGAACAGGCCUUCCUCAGCCAGCUCUUCAACAUCUUCGAAAGCUCCAUCAGCCUCUCGAAAAAGUGGGAUGGGGACCACUCGUAGGGUUGGAACAGCUACUGUAGUCUCAAAGGCUCCAGCAACUAAGGAAGGAGCUGGAGCUGUUGAUGAAGAAGACUUUAUUAAAGCUUUUGAAGAUGUUCCAACAGUUCAGAUAUAUUCUAGCCGAGACCUGGAAGAAUCCAUAAACAAAAUCAGAGAAAUCCUAUCUGAUGAUAAACAUGAUUGGGAACAAAGAGUAGCUGCACUGAAAAAGAUCCGGUCUUUAUUGUUGGCUGGAGCUGCUGAAUAUGAUACCUUUUUCCAACUCCUGCGCCUGCUUGAUGGAGCAUUUAAACUCUCCGCUAAAGAUUUGAGAUCCCAGGUAGUCCGAGAGGCUUGUAUCACAUUGGGGCAUUUGUCGUCUGUCUUGGGUAACAAGUUUGACCAUGGGGCAGAAGCUAUCAUGCCAACGAUCUUCAAUCUCAUUCCCAACAGUGCCAAAGUCAUGGCCACUUCUGGUGUAGUAGCUGUUAGAUUAAUUAUUCGACAUACGCACAUCCCUCGACUAAUUCCCAUCAUCACCAGUAACUGUACCUCCAAAUCUGUUGCAGUUAGAAGGCGCUGCUUUGAAUUUUUAGAUUUGCUUUUGCAAGAAUGGCAAACUCACUCCUUAGAAAGGCACAUAUCAGUAUUGGCUGAAACAAUAAAAAAGGGAAUCCACGAUGCUGACUCUGAAGCGCGGAUAAAAGCCAGAAAGUGUUACUGGGGCUUCCACAGCCACUUUAGUCGAGAAGCGGAACAUUUGUUUAAUUCGUUAGAAUCCUCAUACCAGAAGGCUCUACAGUCUCAUUUAAAGAACUCUGAUAGCAUUGUGUCUUUGCCUCACUCCGAUCGCUCCUCCUCCAGUUCCCAGGAGAGCCUCAACCGUCCACUGUCUGCCAAAAGAAGUCCAACUGGAAGCACUACAUCACGAGCCUCUACAGUGAGUGCGAAAUCUGUAUCAGCGUCCGGGUCUCUCCAGCGUUCCCGCAGUGACAUUGAUGUGAAUGCAGCAGCCAGUGCCAAAUCAAAAGUAACAUCUUCUGGCUCCGAUGCCCCCUUCAGCUCUGCUGCAGCCCUGCCCCCUGGCUCUUAUGCCUCUCUAGGUCGGAUCCGCACAAGGAGGCAAAGCUCUGGAAGUUCCACUAGUAUCACCUCAACACCUGCUGAUACUCGAGGCCGAAGCCGGGCCAAAGUAGUUUCACAGUCCCAGCGAUCCAGAUCAGCUAACCCUGCUGGUGCUGGUAGUCGAUCCAGUUCCCCUGGAAAGGUCCUGGGAAGUACUUAUGGUGGAAUGGGCAGUGGACUAACCAGAGUACACCCAAUACCAUCACCUGCUGACAAACGAAGCAAAGUCCCUCGAAGCCAGGGCUGCAGCCGAGAAACCAGCCCAAACAGGAUCGGUCUAGCACGGAGCAGCCGUAUCCCCCGACCCAGCGUGAGUCAGGGGUGCAGCCGCGAUACCAGCCGUGAGAGCAGCCGAGAUACAAGCCCUGCUCGGGGCUUCCCUCCACUGGCCUCUCGACGUCAUUCCAGGUCCACUAGUGCUCUCUCCACUGCUGAUUCUGUUGGGCAGUCAGACCGGUUCGGACUUGGCCAGCCAGGCAGGUUGCCUGCUUCAAUGAAUGCCAUGCGAGUUCUUAGUACAAGCACAGAUUUGGAGGCUGCUGUGGCAGAUGCACUGCUCUUAGGAGACUCCAGGAGCAAGAAAAAGCCGGUGAGGCGACGGUAUGAGCCAUAUGGGAUGUAUUCUGACGAUGAUGCAAACAGUGACGCCUCGAGUGCUUGCUCCGAGCGUUCCUAUGGCUCCCGCAACGGAGGCAUCCCACACUACCUGCGGCAGACGGAGGAUGUGGCUGAGGUCUUAAACCACUGUGCUAGUUCCAACUGGUCUGAAAGGAAGGAAGGGCUAAUAGGCCUGCAGAACCUGCUGAAGAGCCAGAGGACACUGAGUCGAGUUGAGCUGAAAAGGUUGUGUGAAAUCUUCACACGCAUGUUUGCUGACCCACACAGCAAGAGAGUUUUCAGCAUGUUUCUUGAAACCCUGGUUGACUUCAUCAUUAUUCACAAGGAUGAUUUACAGGAUUGGCUCUUUGUCCUCCUAACACAACUACUCAAGAAGAUGGGUGCUGACUUGCUAGGAUCAGUGCAAGCAAAAGUGCAGAAAGCUCUGGAUGUAACAAGGGAUUCUUUUCCAUUUGAUCAGCAAUUUAAUAUUUUGGUGAGGUUUAUUGUAGAUCAAACCCAAACACCAAAUCUUAAAGUAAAAGUGGCAAUCCUGAAGUACAUUGAAUCAUUGGCCAGACAGAUGGACCCAACUGAUUUUAUCAACUCCAGUGAGGCAAAACUUGCAGUUUCGAGGAUUAUUACUUGGACAACAGAACCAAAGAGCUCAGAUGUGAGAAAGGCAGCGCAAAUAGUCCUGAUUUCUCUGUUUGAACUGAACACUCCUGAGUUUACCAUGUUACUUGGUGCCUUGCCAAAGACAUUUCAGGAUGGUGCUACCAGGCUACUCCACAACCACCUCAAGAACUCCAGUAACACUAGUAUGGGUUCCCCUAGCAAUACUGUUGGCCGAACUCCUUCACGUCACCCUAGCAGCAGAACCAGCCCCUUAACUUCACCUACCAACUGUUCUCAUGGAGGACUGUCUCCAAGUCGUUUCUGGGGUUGGAGUGCAGACGGGCUGUCGAAGCACCCCCCUCCCCUUUUUCAGCCUAACUCCAUCCCCGCCGCUCCUUCUCACAAGACUUUCAGGCGCUCUUACUCUCCCAGCAUGCUGGAUUACGACACGGAGAACCUAAAUUCUGAUGAAAUUUACAGCUCUCUGCGUGGAGUCACAGAAGCAAUUGAAAAAUUUAGUUUUCGUAGCCAAGAGGAUCUGAAUGAACCAAUCAAACGUGAUGGGAAGAAGGACAGUGAUAUUGUUUCUCGAGAAGGGGGGAUAGCAUCUCCAGCUACUGAUGUGCGUGGAAGCAGUGAUAUUGUAGAAGGAGGAAGGAUGGCUCUCGACAACAAAACAUCCCUACUCAAUACCCAGCCCCCACGUGCCUUUUCGGGACCCCGAACACGAGAAUAUAACCCCUACCCAUAUGCAGAUACUAUCAGCGCCUAUGACAAGAGUGCUCUUAAAGAGGCUGUGUUUGAUGAUGAUAUUGAUCAGCUUCGAGAUGUGCCCAUUGAUCAUUCCGAUUUGGUGGCUGAUCUUUUAAAAGAAUUAUCCAACCACAACGAGCGGGUAGAAGAACGGAAAGGGGCCCUUCUUGAGCUACUGAAGAUUACAAGGGAAGAUAACCUGGGAGUUUGGGAAGAGCACUUCAAGACCAUCUUGCUUUUAUUGCUUGAAACACUUGGAGACAAAGAUCAUUCGAUAAGAGCCUUGGCAUUGAGAGUGUUGCGAGAAAUCUUGAGGAAUCAGCCUGCAAGAUUUAAGAACUAUGCUGAACUGACUAUCAUGAAGACUCUGGAAGCACAUAAAGAUUCUCACAAAGAGGUUGUGAGAGCUGCUGAGGAAGCCGCUUCUACUCUGGCCAGCUCCAUCCACCCGGAACAGUGCAUCAAAGUGCUGUGCCCCAUCAUUCAAACAGCUGACUACCCAAUCAACCUGGCCGCUAUUAAAAUGCAGACAAAAGUCAUUGAGAGGAUCUCAAAGGAGUCUUUGCAUCAGCUCCUUCAAGACAUCAUCCCUGGGUUGUUGCAGGGUUAUGACAACACAGAAAGCAGUGUUCGCAAAGCCAGUGUCUUUUGCCUCGUAGCGAUCUAUUCAGUUAUCGGUGAAGAGCUGAAACCCCACCUUGCACAGCUCACUGGGAGCAAGAUGAAGCUUCUGAACUUGUACAUAAAGAGGGCCCAGACCACCAACAGCAACAGCAGCUCAUCUUCAGAUGUUUCCACACACAGUUAAUGGAGAUCUUUGGACAUACCUGUAGACACAGAAGCAAUCAGCUGUGCCUCUCAGAGACCCUCCCUUCAUCAGCACGCUCCCUCCACCAGUGGAGGCCAUGCAGAUAUUUAUUGCAAUCAGUAUUUUUAGUCCUUUUAAAGCUUUUUAUUGUAGAAUAUUCUUGGUAUUGAAUGUAAAGGAAGCAAGGCCUGGAUUUGCAGUCCUCCUCCAAAAAAGGGCAGUAAAAAAACCAUGGUUAACAUUUACACUGCAAUCAUCUACUUAGCAUUUCUAAAACCUGAAGUUUCCUGAACUCCUUAACACAUCAGUGAUUUAAUCAAUGGGAUUUUAUGUACUGAGAGUUUGGGUUUAUAUUGGAUGACAUCUCUACUAGGCAGACUUUUGACUAACAGUUCCUCCGGUUUCCCCAAUAUCUCAGACAUUAUUCCAGAGGUGAACUUAAAAUUUGCAAUGUGGAGAAACCUGUAUAGGAUACAAGAUCAGGCCAAUAGACUAGGUUUUAAUUUAAUAAUCCCUUAAUCUGCAUGUGAUAAGUCAUGGAAAUUCCCUGGGAACCUCAGCAAUUUGUAUAGCUAAAUGAAGACCUGCCUCAGAAAAGCCAUUCAGUUAAUUGUUUCUCCUCAACUUGUUUGUUUCUUCAGUAUUUUUGAAAAUUUGAAAACAAUUGCAAAAUGCAAUAUGCUCACUUCUCAUGUAGAGGAAAUUCUGCUUACAUUAUUCAUUUUGUUCCUACUCCGCUUUUUGUUCCUUUACGGAACUCUGCUCUGUUGCAGAAUUUGCUGGGAAUUGAAUUCCUUCUGUAACCGUUUUAUCUAGCAUCAUCUGUUAGUAUGCACUGAGAGAGUGAAUGCACUGUAAUGUCUUUAAGCUGGUGAAGUAUCUGUCCCUAUCAGAGGAACUGACAACCCAUCUCCUAAGAAAUGUGAAAUAUGCUAUCACUGCUGCUUCAGUCUUCAGUAAGAAAGUUGUGCUUUCCAGAGCUCGAUUGGCUUUCUAGGAGCUGCAACUCAGAUAGCCAGGCCUUUCUUUCUUAAUAAAAUACUGCUUUUGUUUGUCAGCAGAUGUUCCUUGGUGCAGCGCUUGUUCUGUUAGCACCCACCACGUUCAUCGAGAGUUCCCCAUCCUUUGAGUACUCCAGGAAUAUGUCCACCCCUUCCAGCCACCAUGCAGUCUGGAUUAUUUAUCAUCCUGUUUCGUGUUUAAUGUACAUAGCAAAUCACUCCCCCCCCCCCGCGGUGAUCAGAUGUGAUCCUGUUUUUUUAGGAAGUACUCAAAGGGCUAGCUCAAUCUGCACCAACUUGUUUGUUUGUUUUAAAGCUGUACAGUUGGGGUAGUGGGGUGCGUUUAACUAUUCCAGGCACAAGGUCUCUGGCUACCGAUCCGUACAUGCUGGUGGAAAUCAGUCUGCAUGUUGUUGGCGCUUCAGCUGCCAGAUCGGGAGGGCUCCAUCUUCUCCCAGCACUGUCCAAAUGUUUGCAGCUGCCUUUUUCCUUGCUGCCUCCUUUCGCAGGGCUUUAACUUCUCAGACUUUUUGAAAGAGAGAGGUUUCUUUUCUUCGUAUCCUCCUUCAUCUUCUCAUACCCCUUCCCCCUUCCAGGCCUUUAUAUCUGAGAAUCCGCACAGAACCAUCCUGCCUACUGUUGGGUUGCCUUAGAUGGUGACGUCCAUAGUGUCAGUGGGGCACCAGAGUUGCCAGGGCAUGAGCGAGCAAAGCAAAGCAUUGCAACCCCUUCACCCUCUGAAGUACUGUAGGUCUCUCAUGUAGUGCUGAAUUAACUGAGGCAUGUGGCUUUCUUUUAAAAGGUACACUAUGUGUGCUUGCCUGGAUUACAACAACAACAACAACAAAACUUUUCUAUCGCUUCCUACUAGCUUCUCAGUAACCUGUAUAAGUAAUCUAACUUGCAACAUUGUCAUAUAAAUCUUCUUUCUACUACCCUUCCAGCCCCUUUAUUUAUCAAGUGUAAUAGUUCAUAUUAAACGAGAACAGAGAAAUGUUUGUAGAAUGCAGCAGGACUUUGCUAACAGUAAUAAUGUUCUAAAUGGGAAGGGCAGGCUCACAAAGCCGCUCAAAACAGUCAGCCUUCAGAAACAAGUUUGUUGGCACAGUGUUCACGCGCAUGUAUUUAAUUUCUAUUUUGGGGUUGGUUAUUUUAUUUUAAUUUUUUGCGCUUUUGUCAUGUUACAUCCAUAUCUGUAUUUAUAUCUUAUUUGUUUCACUUUUGAGUGUAUCAUGGCAAAUGUACAGAUGUUUUUAUGUUAACCUUUACAUGAUAGAAUUUGCUAAAAAUAAUAAAAAAAACCCUUUUGAGUUUGCCCUAGAAUUAAAUGAAAGUUAAAUUUAUGUUCUCAUGGGAGCGUCUUUGCACAGCUGGCUAGCCGUAUUUGAUUGACCUUCAAGGUCAUCUGAAUUAAAGGUAUGCACUGAAGAUUAAUUUUUCAAAUUUGCCCACAUAUAACACUGACCAGGAAUUCCACCGUCGCAGUAAUAACUCCUCUUGCAGCUAUUCAAAAUAUAUGUAAGAGGGUACAGAAGCAUUACUGAGGCACCAGUUCUGCCCUCACAGUACAUACAAACAUGAAUUGGAAGGCAUGUCUCCAUAGUGGCUGACAUGUAUGGCUCCCCCCAAUCGUGCCAUCCAUGUAUCAGGCAAUGGGGAACAGAGGUGGUGCAUGUGCAUGCAAGUAUCAUCUCUGAAACAUACAGGCCGGGUGUGUCACAGGUAUCUUAACGUGCCGUCAAGGUUACAGUCCCCACCCUUGCUAGCUUGCAUAUAGUUUUGAAUGUCUGCACAGCGCUCUUCCUGUGUAACUUUCAAAUCAUAAAUGCUGUGCUGUGCCUUUGUCACCAGCAAGAGUACAAGAUGAUUACUCACUCUCCCAGAUACCCUGGAAUUACUGACUCACUAUCUCCGGGAGAGUUCUUCAGUGCACUCAGACUUACUGGAGUUAAAUGUGUUCCUCAAAUAAAGCUCAAUUUAGCUUCGUA